AUGAGGCAGCCGUUGAUGCUACUGUGCGCUGCGGCGUUGGCGGCGCUGCUCGCCGCGCCACCGUCUGCAGCUCUGUUCAUCCACGAAUUCGACAAGGGAGAUGAGGUUCUAGUGAAGGUGAGCGAGCUGACAUCCAUCAAGACUCAGAUCCCCUACUCGUAUUACUCGCUCCCCUUCUGCAGACCUGACAAUCUAGUCGACAAAGCUCCAACACUCUGGCAGUUUCUCCAUGGUGAUCGCCAACAGAUGUCCCCUUACCUUUUUGAAAUGGGAGUGCCCAAGAAGUGUCAGAUUGUCUGCAAGCUGCUAGUUGGAGAGAAAGAAGCCAAGGAGCUGAUUGAGAAGAUAGAAGACCAGUACCGCGUGAACAUGGCUCUUGACAACCUCCCGUUAACUAUUCCGAUCAGAAGGAUGGUUACAAAUGGAUUUUUCUAUCAGCAUGGGUACUAUAUUGGUGUCAUUGGCCAAUAUGCUGGAGAGGAACGUAAGAGGUACUUCAUCCACAAUCACUUAUCAUUUUUGGUGAAGUUUGAGAGGGCUCACCAAUCAGCUGCUUCUAGAGUAGUGGCGUUUGAGACCAAACCAUUCAGUGUUAAGCACCAGUUUGAAGCGCAAUGGAAUGGUGUAAACACUCGUCUGAGCACUUGUGGUGCUAAUGCCAACAGGUUUGUCUUAACCUCUGAAUGUCCUCAAGAGAUUAAAGUUGGUGAAGAAAUCAUAUUCACCUAUGAUGUAAACUUUGAGGAAAGUGAAAUCAAGUGGGCUUCUCGCUGGGACGCCUACCUGUCAACGACAGACGACCAGGAACGGUGGUUUGCCAUUGUUAGCUCACUUGCUACCCUUAUUGCCUUUUCUAUUGCGAUGGCCAUGACUAUGCUUCGAAGUCUGCAUAGAGAUAUCUUCAGACACAACCAGCUCGAAACCCAGAGUGAGGCUCAAAUGGAGACCGGGUGGAAGCUUGUUCAUGGAGAUGUGUUCCGGCCUCCAUCCAACCCUGGACUGCUAUGUGCCUGUGCUGGCACUGGUGUUCAGCUCCUUGGCACCCUCCUGAUUGCCGUAGCCCUCAGUGCUCUGGGCUUCUUUUCUCCAUUGAAUUCUGCAGGCAUGAGAAACGCCAUUCUGCUCACCUGGAUCUUGAUGGGGCUGCUUGCUGGCUACACCUCUGCCCGUCUCUACAAGAUGUUCAAGAAUGGCUCGGAGUGGAAGAAUGUCACCAUGGCAACGGCUAUCUUGUUCCCAGCUCUUGCCUUUGUGAUCUUCUCGGUGUCGAAUACUCUUCUGCAAAACGAGAACUCAUCAUCCACAGUUCCUUCCACCACAAUGUGUGCCCUGAUCCUUCUCUGGUCCGGCGUCGCGCCGCCGCUCGUGUUCGUCGGAGGAUAUCUUGGGUCCAGGAGGCCCGCCAUUGAGCCUCCAGUGGAGAUCAGCAAAACUCCACGAAAGAUUCCCAAGCAACCAUGGUGCACCAGGCCUGCCUUCACCAUCCCAGUCGGUGGCAUCUUCCCAUUUGCAGCCGUGUUCAUCGAGUUCUUCUUCGGCCUCGUCUUCGUCUGGUUCCACCAAUUCUACCGUGGCUUUGGGUUCCUCCUCAUCACGCUUCUUCUCCUCGUCGUCUGCUGCGCAGAGAUCUCCAUUGCGCUCUGCUACUAUCAGCUUCGAAGUGGCGACUACAGGUGGUGGUGGAGGUCAUUCCUGAAUCCAGGAUGCUCCUCUGCAGUAUACCUCUUCCUGUAUGCAGUGUUCUUCUUCUUCACUAAGAUGGCCAUUGCCAAGCCGGUGCCAGCCGUUCUGUACCUGGGUUACAUGCUUCUUGUCUCGUGUGCCUUCUUCUUGCUUGCAGGCACACUUGGUUUCUUCUCAUGCUUCUUCUUCAUGAGGUUUAUUUACUCACGGAGGGCGUUUGGAUGAACCUGAGAUUUGAUUUGAACUUUGGAAUUGGUAUUCUGCUGUGAUUUCAACUCGAACCAGAGAGCAUAUCAUGGCAAUUCCAGUCCAGUUCCAAGUUUAGUGAUCGCAAAAUCCAAACUAAACAUGUUCUGAACAUGAUAGUACAUAGGUCAUUCUCUAAAAAAAUGGCACUACAUAGCUUGUGUGCUGCUACUACUAUGUCAUUUCUGGUUUUGAGUCUUGAGAUGUGUAUGGUUUGUGCGGUUAUCAUUUUAUAGCAUAUGUGAAUGAAACAUACUUGUGUGAUAAGAUAA